UUUAGGGGACGCUGCGUAGCGUAGCUGACACAUUAGGUGCUUAUUUUGAAAUCCUGCUGAGGAAACGCUGUGCGUGGUUACGUCACGCUUACUGACGGCCGGGUGUUUGAAGAGGAGCGAACGGCUGGAAAGUAGCGGAGCUGACUGCUAACAUGUAGCUACGAGCUAGAACUGCGCUCACCGCGGACGGAGGAGCUCUUCUCAGCUGUUUGGAAGGCGAGGCGGGACUGAGAGCGCGUUUGUGACAACUUUAUGGAAAUAUGUAACAAACAGAUGAGGAAGGAAAAUGGAGCAGUCGGCUACUCUCAAUAUAGAGAACCUCAAGAUUACCCAGGAGCAGUUUAUUCUGGCCUCGCAGUCCCUGCACCUCCAGCGACCGGGCUGUGAAGCCGUAUAUCCAGUAGGGCUGUACGGCUGGAGAAAGAGAUGCCUGUAUUUCUUCCUGCUGCUGCUCCUGGUCACCAUGAUAGUGAACCUGGCCCUCACCGUCUGGAUCAUUAAAGUCAUGAAUUUUUCAACGGGCGGAAUGGGACGCCUGCAGCUGAACCGGGACGGGCUCCACCUGGAGGGAGUCAGCGAGUUUCAGAUGCCGCUGUAUGUGAGCGAGAUCCAGUCCAGAAAGGACAGUUUGCUGGUCUUGCGUUCAGAGAGGAACGUAACCCUGAAUGCCAGAAACCACCAAGGCCAGCUGACCGGCCAGCUGACAGUCGGACCUGAAGGUGUGGAGGCUCAGUGUCAGAGGCUGGAGGUGCGAAGCAGAGAUGGUGGCAGACUCCUGUUCUCUGCAGAUGAGGAGCAAGUCACAAUGACAACAGAGAAGUUUACUGUCACAGGCUCUGAAGGUGCCGUGUUUGGACACUCUGUGGAGACGCCGCUCAUUCAAGCAAAGACUUCUGAGGAUCUGAGGUUGGAAUCGCCAACGAGAACUCUGACCCUGGAGGCUCCGAGAGGGGUGGAGGUGAGCGCCGGCGCGGGGACGCUGAAGAUCAGCAGCAGGAAGGAUCUGCAGCUGGAAUCCACAGAGGGAGAGAUUCUCCUCGACGCCGACAGCGUUCGGCUGGAGAACCUGCCGCUGGGCCUCCACGCCGGCUCCACGGGCCAGGCCCCCGGGAAGCAGGCCGUGUACGAGGUGUGCGUUUGCCCCAGCGGCAAGAUCUACCUCUCUCCAGCCGAGAGCGUUUCCACCUGCCAGGCCAUGAGCAGCAUCUGCCUGUGGAGCUGACCUGAGAGCAGCGUGUUUGCCACCGGAGAAA